GAAGAAGAAGAAGAAGAACUCUAAGAUGGCCUUUCAGUGUCAGCGGGACUGCUACAUGAGAGAGUUUGACACAUCUGUGGUGUCCUGUUGUCCUGCUGAACUCAAAUAUGAAAUCAAUGGGAAGAAAGAAACUGUCAAGGGUUUCAACAUCAAACUUGAAGACACCAUCUUGUUUCCUGAGGGAGGUGGUCAACCAGAUGACCGUGGUCUAAUUGGGACUGUGCCGGUGUUGAGGGUCACACGGCAGGGUGCCGAGGCCCUCCACUUUGUGGGCUCCCCGCUGGAAGUGGGCCAGCCUGUUCAUCUUCAGCUGGACUGGGAGAGGAGGUUUGACCACAUGCAGCAGCAUUCAGGUCAACAUCUGAUCACAGCCCUGGCAGAUAAUAUGUUUGGAUAUAAGACCACCUCCUGGGAACUUGGACGUCAGCGAAGCCUCAUAGAACUGGACACUCCCAGUGUGAAGCCGACCCAGCUCCAGAGUCUGGAGGAAGCGGUGAAUGAGAAAAUCAGAGCUCAGAUCCCCGUCACUGUGCAGCUCCUGUCUAUCCAUGACCCUGCUGUGGAGAAGGUGAGGAGCCGAGGGCUGCCAGAUGACCAUGCAGGGCCUGUUCGCAUCAUCGAUAUUGAAGGCACUGAUGCCAACAUGUGCUGUGGAACCCAUGUAUCCAAUCUCAGCCAUUUACAGAUGAUAAAGCUGCUGGGGACCGAGAAAGGGAAGAAAAACAAAACCAACUUGAUCUUCGUGGCAGGAAACCGGGUUUUAAAGUAUGCCGAGAAAAGCUACAGCAGAGAGCGCUCGCUUGUUUCUCUUCUGAAAACCGGACCGGAUGAACACCCUGAGGUGGUCGAGAAACUCCAGAAAUCUGUCAAACUCCUACAGAAAACUAACCUGAGCCUGCUCCGUGACAUGGCCGUCCUCAUAGCAGACAGCUUCAAGAACAACCCACGGCGAGGAAACUUCUUCAGCUUGCACAAAAAAGAGGGGGACAGUGAGUUCAUGAACAUCGUCGCCAAUGAAAUCAACACCGAGGAGACGGUGUUGUUCCUGACUGCUGGCGAGGAGAAGGGCCCUGGUCUGUUUCUGCUGGCGGGACCCAGCGGCCCGAUGGCGGAGAUGGGGCCACGCGUGCUGGAGAUGCUGCAGGGGAAAGGAGCUGCAAAGAACGGACGCUUCCAAGGAAAAGCCAACAGCCUGGUGAGAAGAGCUGAAGUGGAGGACUUCCUGCUGCAGUACUGCAAGCAGCUGGCUUCUGAGGAGGAAUGCGUUGAGCAUCUGAUAAACCACCAGUAAUGAACAUCAUCCACUCUCAGACCUGAACUUACAGCCGGCGCAGCGCAGGUCGUCUGAGUAAAUGUGCAUGCUUCAUCACAACGUGUCCAGAUGGACCUGGAUGACACGAUGGUGUCGUACAGAAAUGUCCACAAGUUUUCUCCACAACAUGGGUUGUAUAUAUCUACAUGUUCAUUUCAAAUAUAUGACUGUUUAUUUAACUUGAAGCUGAAGAUUCUUUCAUGAGAAGUUUGUACAUAACAGCAAUAGAACAGAAAUAAAGACAGUUUUCUACAGUAGAAAAACAAAACCUAGCA